UUGCAGCGUGUGUUUAUUGAAAGCGAAAAUGCCCCCAAAAAUCCAAGCUUUAGUCAUUAUGCAUCGACAUAAACAUCCCAGUGAAUUUCAUACGAAAGCAUCGGUUUUGAGGUUUUAUCAGGACAACAGAGACAUGCCCAUGUCUACAAAGUCACGCGAGGGAAUCGAGGUUGGACUCAAUCAUGUGAUUUACGAGGAAAGAAACUCCGUAGGCUGUCCUGUACUCUCAUCUCGUCAUGCAGCGUCCGAGCCCGUCGUCGUGCUUGGUAUCUCUCACCAAGGUCCUGACCUCUCACGUCAACCGAGGCUCGCACGACCAGGCCCUCGCUCUUUUUCGCCACAUGCGCUCCUCCCUCGCCCUCUCUCUCGACCCCUUCGUCUUCUCCUCGGUCCUGAAAUCCUGCGCCGCCGUCUCCCGCCCUCGGCUGGGCACUUCCAUCCAUGCCCAUGUCGUCAAAUCGGCCAUCGCGUCGAACCCCGUCGUGGCUUGCUGCCUCGUCAACAUGUACGGGAAAUGCGUUUCUGUCUCGGCCGCCCGCCACCUGUUCGACGAAAUUACCCAGAAAAAUGCCUUUGUGUGGAACACCAUGAUCUCGCUUUACUCGCACGCUGAUCGAGUUGAUGACGCCUUGCGGUUAUUUGAGGUCAUGGAUGUCGCGCCUGAUGUUUCCACGUUUAAUUCAAUCAUCGCCGGAUUAUCGUUAUCUGAUGAAGGUUCUUCCAAGGCAAUUCUGUUUUAUUGGCGAAUGCGGGAAUUGGGUUUGAAGCCGGAUCUUAUAACAUUGCUAGCGCUAUUGCCUGCAUGUGAGCGCAUGUCGGCUCUGAGUUUGAUUAAGGAAAUCCAAGGUUUUGGGAUAAGAAACUACAUUGAUCCUCACCAUCAGUUGAGAAGUGGCCUCGUGGAGGCUUACGGGCGAUGCGGGUGUCUCGGUUAUGCCCGUGCCAUUUUCGAUGGUACAAAGGAGAGAGAUGUGGUGGCAUGGAGCAGCUUAAUAUCGGCCUACGCACUUAACGGGGAGGCAAGAACUGCACUGAAGAUUUUCGGGCAGAUGGAGCAGGCAAGUGUGCAACCUGAUGGUAUCACAUUUCUUGGAGUACUGAAAGCUUGUAGCCACGCAGGGUUAGCCGACGAAGCAUUGGGCUACUUUGCUAGAAUGCAGAAACUUUAUGGGUUGGAAGCAAGUAGUGAUCACUAUUCAUGUUUAGUGGAUGUCUUAAGCAGAAGUGGGAGGUUACAUGAUGCUUAUGAGAUUUUAAAGGACAUGCCAGUUAAGGUGACUGCAAAGGCAUGGGGAGCUCUUCUAGGGGCAUGCCGGACUUACGGGGAAGUGGAGCUGGGAGAGAUUGCUGGGAAAGCGUUAUCUGAGGUAGAGCCUAGUAAUUGUGCUAAUUACGUUUUGUUGGCCAGAAUCUACUCUAGCAUGGGGAGACACGAGGAGGCCCAGAGAGUUAGAACGGAAAUGAAGGAGAAUGGAGUGACGGCUGAUUCUGGUAGUAGCUGGGUGGUGUAAUAGGAUUGAUGGCAUUGAUUUCGAGCAUUUGCCAAGAUGACAUUCGCGGGAUGUAUAUGACCGGAGCACAUAUGUGUGGUUGCAAGCAGUCUCUAUCUGGUUUGUAACUUGGGGGUUUGGACGGCUGAUAGCUGGACGUAAGAUUUCCUUGAGGAAAUCUCUCGAGCAAAAAGAAGGGAAAGCGAAGGAAAAGGAUGCUCUCGUCUUGAGAUUGAGGGAAGGAGGAGCUGAGUCGGCGUGGGCAGUAGUAUCUCUCACACGCCCCCCCUCUGGUGUGCUGUUCCGUGGACUUGGACAAGUUCUUUAAUGGCCGCGUCGCUAUGCGUUGGCUCAUCCUACCUUGACUGCCUACUUUGGGAUAGGAAAAACUUGUGUUCAUCCAGAAAAGGGAAAUUUUAUAUGAAUGUAGGUAUACUUGUACACAAAGCCAGUGGCAUGUCACCUGUUAGAGCACACUUGGUUCUGAUGUACCUUCGAAAGGGAUUUGUAUAUUCGUCAGUGUGAAUUGUGGCUUGUCCUAAAUCUAGGAUAGUCCCUGACA